AUGCGAAGCGCAGAGCAAGACGAGAGCAAGGAUGCCAAGGAUGCCAAGGAUGCCAAGGAUGCAAAGAAGGAGCAGAAGGAGCAGAAGGAGAACGAGUCACUGGGCUUGAAGAAGAAGUCAGCAGCUCUGGAAGGGAAGAAGGCGGAGAACAAGGCAGUGAAGAAGGCUGGCCAGGAGCAGAAGUUAGCGAUCGUGCCGGAGCUUUUGCUUGGCUGCUCAUGUUAUCCCCAUUCCAUGCGACAUGUGCAAGCUGUGGCUGCAAAUGCUAUUGCAGCGGAGCAAGCCAAUGUGCUGCCCUGGGCGCAAACUGACGUGCAGCGGUAG